AUGAGAGCUUGGAAGGAGAUUGGAAAUGGAGAUUUUGGGGGUUUAAGCUUCUGGGAGAGGGAAGGAAGAAGAAGAUGCCACAUCUAUAACCAACAACCUUUUACCCAAAAAUUCCAUCGCCUCCAAGGAGGAGGAGACGAAGAGAAUCACCUAGGAGACCGCGUGUAUGGACCCGGCCCGACCGUAGCAGCCUAUCAUGGUAUUAUAGGAGACGACGUUUGUUUGCGGCAUUCCAUCGAACAUCUUGCGGGCCAUAUCGAUCUCGCCGAGGGAUGCAUAUUUGAAGAUGAUAUUGUUGUGAAGGAAAACGGGUACUUGAUUUGGGAACGAGCCCAUUGUGGUGACGAGAGCGUGGAAAGAUUUUGCCCCAUCGAGUGA